AAAGCAAGUCGCAUCGUGAGCGAGGCGGAAGAGGAAAUAGCUGCCCAGGAGAAGAAUGCUCAACUUGCGGUGGGGGAGCUGGUAAGCCUGCAAGAAUUUAUGAGUCGCAGUCUCGAAACAGAAACGGAUCAAGAAAUACUGAGUCUGAAGAAGCAAGUGUCCGAUCAGGUGGAGAGGGUGGGCGAGCUUUAUAGCGAUGCUGAUAGGAAGUUCCCAGUGCUAGAGCUACCAGAGAUGGUGGUGAACUGUGGGGAGAGGGUGAAUGAGGUGAUAGAAACGGAGCUAUCUGUAGCAGUAGUGCCUUCAUUUGGAAAAGAUGAAGUCGUCAUGGAAGAGGGUGAAGAAGUGGCAGAAUUUGGUGCACGGGACGUACAAUCAUGUGCUAAAGUGGAAGAACCAUGGGAGAUAGGUGAAUCAUGUGCUGCAGAAAUGGCAGUGACUGAGGAACAAUCAUGUGCUGCAGAAAUGGCAGUGACUGACGAUGCAUGGGAGGAAAAAUCAUGUGCUGCAGAAAUGGCAGUGACUGAGGAACAAUCAUGUGCUGCAGAAAUGGCAGUGACUGACGAUGCAUGGGAGGAAAAAUCAUGUGCUGCAGAAAUGGCAGUGACUGAGGAUGCACGGGAGGAAAAAUCAUGUGCUGCAGAAAUGGCAGCGACUGACGAUGCAUGGGAGGAAAAAUCAUGUGCUGCAGAAAUGGCAGUGACUGAGGAACAAUCAUGUGCUGCAGAAAUGGCAGUGACUGACGAU